UUACAAAUAAUUUUCAAAUUUAAUGGAAGACACAAUUCCAAAAAUUUGAUCUUUGCAUUGAAGUAUACAGGGAGAGAAGUCAAGAGGGAGAGGAGAAACGGUGACUAGAUAGAAAAACAAAAGGAUACCCCAUCAGCGGUUAUCUUCUUUUUCCAUUUUCACUCAACAACUCAGAAAAAAACAUCUUCCUCGACAAAGGCUUCACCUUUUUCUCUCCUUCUUAUCAAUUCCUUGUCUGUCUCUUUCAUUCUUGAAUUCCUGUUGGUGUCACUUAAAUUCUUGUGUUUUUUCUCUGAGAUUCUUUGAAACUUCUGAUGGUUCUUUCUUAGUUUUGAAAAGGGAGUUCAUUUAUAGAUAUUUUGGAUUCCAUUUCUGUUUCCCUUUUUCUCUUGGUCUGUUUCUUUGCUUCUGAUCUCUUUCUCUCACAACCAGUGAUGGGGAUAUACCUCAGUUCUCCGAAGACGGAGAAAUUCUCAGAGGAUGGCCAGAAUGGUAGGCUUAGAUACGGUUUAUCAUCUAUGCAAGGUUGGCGUGCAACCAUGGAAGAUGCGCAUGCUGCAAUAACCGAUUUGGAUGCUACCACUUCAUUCUUUGGUGUUUAUGAUGGCCAUGGAGGUAAAGUAGUUGCGAAAUUCUGUGCCAAGUUUCUCCAUCAGCAGGUUCUCAAGAAUGAAGCAUAUGCAGCAGGAGAUAUUGGAACUUCUGUCCAGAAAGCAUUUUUCAGAAUGGACGAGAUGAUGUGUGGCCAGAGAGGUUGGAGGGAAUUGGCAUCUUUGGGUGAUAAAAUAAACAAGUUUACUGGCAUGAUAGAAGGGUUGAUAUGGUCUCCAAGGUGUGGUGAUAGCAAUGAACAACUUGAUGAUUGGGCCUUUGAAGAGGGUCCUCACUCUAACUUCUCUGGACCAACUUCUGGUUGCACAGCCUGUGUUGGGAUUAUUAGAAACAAUCAACUCAUUGUUGCGAAUGCUGGUGAUUCUCGAUGUGUGAUAUCUAGAAAGGGCCAGGCAUACAAUUUGUCUAGAGAUCACAAACCUGAUCUUGAGGCUGAGAAAGAAAGGAUUUUAAAAGCUGGUGGUUUCAUACAUGCAGGACGGGUCAAUGGCAGUUUAAAUCUUGCGAGGGCUAUAGGUGAUGUGGAAUUCAAGCAGAAUAAGUUUUUGCCUGUUGAAAAGCAAAUUGUGACAGCCAAUCCAGAUAUAAACAUUGUCGAGCUCUGUGAUGAUGAUGACUUUCUUGUGCUGGCAUGUGAUGGAAUAUGGGAUUGCAUGUCAAGCCAGCAACUAGUAGAUUUUAUUCAUGAACAACUUCAAGUGGAAAACAAGCUCUCUGCAGUGUGUGAGAGAGUCCUUGAUAGGUGUUUGGCGCCAUCAAUAAUAGGUGGCGAGGGAUGUGACAAUAUGACCAUGAUCGUGGUACAGUUCAAGAAACCUAUCGGGUCCACUGCCUCCGCAGACGAGCAAUCCUCACAAUCUGAACCUGCUGUUGCUGAAUCUAAACCAGUGGAAAGUUAACUGAAGUACGAUACAUAACCUCCUUACAAUGUCUCAAAUGCUAUUUUCCAGCCUCCGGAUGGAAAAACAUUACGAGGGUCCUGCUUUUUCUCGAGAAGCCAGGUCCUUGGAUUCAUAUUUGUAGAUGGUUUAACAUGGAUGGAUGAAACAUUAAGAACAAUCGUUUGAUGUUCUGAUGCGUGCUUAUAAAACCAACGUGUUCUUAAGUUUUAA